UUUAUUUUCAUUUUCCUCGUCUUCCCCUCCACUUUUAGUUUGGUUGAGGAUUUCGGUGAGAGCGGUUCUUCUGCUGAUCAAUAAAUAGUUAUUAUCUAUUUCGUGAGUAAACAAAAUGGCGCGUACCAAGCAGACCGCACGUAAAUCAACAGGAGGAAAAGCUCCUCGUAAACAGCUGGCAACAAAAGCUGCACGUAAAUCAGCUCCUUCAACAGGAGGAGUAAAAAAACCCCAUCGUUACCGUCCAGGCACUGUCGCCUUGAGAGAAAUCAGAAGAUACCAGAAAUCUACUGAAUUACUGAUUAGGAAAUUGCCCUUUCAGCGACUUGUUCGUGAAAUUGCCCAAGACUUUAAAACAGAUCUCCGAUUUCAGUCAGCUGCAAUUGGAGCACUUCAGGAAGCCAGUGAGGCCUACUUGGUAGGUCUCUUUGAAGACACAAAUUUGUGCGCCAUCCAUGCAAAACGUGUCACAAUUAUGCCUAAAGACAUACAACUUGCUCGUCGUAUUAGAGGAGAACGUGCUUAAACAUUUCAGCUAUGUAUGAUUUUUAGUAUAAGUAUUCGUGUUUUUUUUUUUCGUUUCAGUCCAUUGUAUUUUUUAUAUUAUUAUUAAUGUAACAUCGGUAGAAAUUAACGUUCAUUUUAAUGUGUAGUUUAGCUUUAAUACAUAUUAUACAUGUAUGGAAAUAAUUACAGUAAUCCACAGUUUUAUCAUGUAAUAACUGCAGAGUUGUCAAUGUAUUUUGGCCCUCUUUAAUAUCAGGUACUUGAUAAAUUACUUUGACUCCUAAGUGUUCAUUAUUUUUAAAUUAAAACAUGAUUAGAAUAGAUGUAUCAAAAUAUGUAGUUUUUUGAGUAAUGUAUAUUAAAAUGCAUCACUUCAAUAAAUAAGAGUUAAAUUACUUU